CCGCACUUUUCGAAUGCGAACCAGCGAGCGAACGCACCAUGUGCUCCUCCACAAGUACGGCAUGGCGAACUGGACGCAGGAGGACGGAGCACCGAAACCUGUCACAAACUCCUCGGAUGUCUCGACAUCCAGUGGAAAUGUCGGAGCCAGAGGUGACGGAGUCUCCGCGCAGGUUCCGUGUCUCAUCCCGUCGUUCGCGGACGCGGUGAAGCUGCUGAGCGCGCGAUACUCAUGUCUCGUGCUUGACUCGCGCCGCAAACACAUCGCGCUGCCGCCGCAGUACCUGCAGAAGAAACGCACCGGAAUACAGGAGGAACUCAACGCCGAGCUGCUCAAAUACUCCAGCAGUCUGAAAGGUGUUCCUAUGGCAUAUGACAACAUUAAAGUGGUGGGACAGUAUGGAGAUAUUCACGACGAUCAAGGCUUCAUUCACUUCAACAUCGAGGCGUCGUUCGUAGUCUUCCAACCAAAGAAGGGAUCGAAGCUCGUGGGCGUGAUUAAUAAGAUGGGAGUGGGUCACGUGGGCUGUCUGGUUCACGGCUGCUUUAACGCGUCGGUGGUGAAGCCCGGUCCGCUGAGCUCGGAGCAGUGGAGGGACUGUGGACUGAGCGUCGGACAGAGCCUGGAGUUUGAGGUCUUCCAGCUGGACGCUGAUAACGCAGGUGUUCUGCUCAUCCGAGGACGGCUGGAGAAGUCCAGAGUGCAAGAGCUUGUGGCCCAAACCGAACCUAAGGAAUCAACUACAGAAGCUGAAUGCACAGAAGACACGAUCGACAGCCCGAAACCCAAGAAGAAAAAGAAGAAAGACAAGAGAGAGAAAGAGUCUCUGAACGACAGCGGUCUGGAGGAGAUGUCAGAAAACACCCAAAACACUGCCGACACAGCAGAGAUAGACUCCAACACAAACAGACAUCACAAAGAGAAGAAGAAGAAGAAGAAGAAAGACAAAGGACAGGAGUCCGAUGAGAUCUCCACAAGUGACUCCAGCAGAAAGAGAGCGGCCGAGAGCCAAGACGACCUGCAGGACGCACCUGCUGCCAAAAAGAAGAAAAAGAGCAAGUGAUUUCACUCACUGACUGUGUCAUGAACUGUACACAAUGAACCCAAUGUGACUGAGAUACUUAUGUGUGAUUUAUAUUUACAGAAUAUAAUAAAUGUUAUCUUUUCCUCUGGA